GCAGGUGACACUGUCAGGCAAGGGCCAGUUUAUGGUUCGGAGUGGAAUCUUAUGGUGUGUAUUUUGCCUACCUUGUGGCGUGUCCGAGUAUAUCUUGUCGUUUCAUAAUGGUGCACAUGAAUUGGAACGAAAGGUAGCGUCCAUAAGCCGCUUUUGGCAAUGUUUAAUGCGCUAUGAAGAAACAAAAUGUCCGCACGAUAUCGCUUAUUGUGUGCACUUUCACAUACUUGCUUGUGGGCGCGGCCGUGUUCGAUGCCCUAGAAUCAGAGACAGAGAAAAAGCGCUGGGAUGCUCUGCAAGCGGUAGAGCGAAUGGUUAUCAAACGAUACAACAUUACGGAAGAAGAUUUUAAAGUAAUGGAAACGGUGGUGCUCAAGUCCGAGCCUCAUAAAGCGGGCCAGCAAUGGAAGUUUACAGGCGCUUUCUACUAUGCUACCACUGUUCUCACAACCAUCGGCUAUGGUCACAGCACACCCACAACCAUCGGUGGGAAACUUUUUACCAUGUGCUAUGCCAUUGUUGGUAUUCCGCUGGGCCUUGUCAUGUUCCAAAGCAUCGGCGAGCGCGUCAACAGGCUCAGCAGUUUUGUUAUUCGCACCGUGAAGACAUCUCUUCACUGCCAACACACAACGGCGUCAGAAGUUGAUCUUAUAUGCGUCGUGACUACUCUAAGCUCACUCACGAUAGCUGGGGGCGCGGCGGCAUUUUCCAAAUUUGAGGGUUGGAGCUACUUUGACUCAGUCUACUAUUGCUUUAUUACACUUACAACAAUUGGAUUUGGCGAUAUGGUAGCGCUACAAAAAGACAAUGCUCUUAAUCGAAAACCCGAAUACGUGAUGUUCGCCCUUAUUUUCAUUUUGUUUGGACUGGCAAUUGUGGCAGCUUCGCUAAAUCUUCUUGUGCUACGGUUUGUGACAAUGAACACCGAAGAUGAGCGUCGCGAUGAGGCACAGGCUAUGCAGGCGCUUCAGGUGGCCGUUCGCCUUGAAGGAGAUGUUAUCACAGCAAAUGGUAGCAUUCUGAGUGGUAAUGUGGGUCACGAUAUAGCAUCCACUGAUACGAAUUCAGCAUCCAUCUGUAGUUGCCACUGUGCGUGUUUCAGCGGCAGUAAUAAGAGAUACGAGCAUCGAUUUAAAGUACGUCGUUCACCCAGUCGCAUUCGGCAUCUCUUACAGCCGACAGUACUUCCUAUGAAGGACUUUCUGGGUGAGCCGUCCACAUUUACGCUUUACCAGACGUCCACAACCCUCCUACAGCCCCCCUUCCAAACAAAUGAACUGCCUCCUGUCUACCAACCACACCAGCGAGCUUCAGUGUGAAACCUUUCCAAUAAACGAGUUGGACACAAAUUUCAGGUUUUCUUUUAUU